AUGUCAGCCAGCCUCUUCCCAGCCCACCAGCGCCCGGGGCUGCUGGCGGAGCGGCACGGCAGAGCCCCGCAAGUGCCCUGCCCGGAGGGGCUGCUGGGCGCCUCGGUGCUGGAUUUCGUGGCCGACCUCUCCCUGGGCACCCCCCAGGGUCCCCCCCGGGCCGGGCCCAGCCUGGGGCUCUGCGAUGUCACCUCCGGGCCUCCCUUCGGGGCCAGGGCCCCGUCGCUCCAGGAGGGGGUAGACCAGCUGGCUGCCUUCGGAGAUGGAGAUCCUGAAGACGACGAGGAGGAGGAGGAGGAGGAAGAGGAGAGGAUGCGGAGCGCUUCCCUCCUGGACAGACCCCGGAGAAAGCGGGUUAUCACCUACGCCCAGCGCCAGGCUGCCAACAUACGGGAGAGGAAGAGGAUGUUCAACCUCAACGAGGCGUUCGAUCAGCUGAGGAAGAAGGUGCCCACCUUCGCCUACGAGAAAAGGCUUUCCCGGAUAGAG